ACCAUUUGUCACAGUGACACCCAAAUCCAAUGCCAAUGGUACUGUCUCUCCGUGCCCUCAAAGACAGAGUCCACUGCGGAUUAGUUCUGCAAGGAACAGAGAAACAGAACAAGACAAAAACCCCUCCCUCCCUCUCUCUCCUUCCCUCCCAUUUCUCUUCCCAUCAAACCCUAUCUCACAGACCUCCAAAUAUUCAGUCCCAAUCUAAAUCUGAAUCCAAAUUCCUGAAAUCCAUUUACCCAAUCCUUCAAAAUUCCAGACCCAAAUCCUCCAUUCCCUCUCCCAGCCAUUCUGAGAACUAUUUCGAUGUUCUCUACCACCCCAUUUGUGCUCUCUUUCUCCCUUCUCCUUUCCCUCCCUAUCCUCUUCCUCAUCGGCCCUCGCUUCCUCCCUCCUCGCCACUCUUCCGUCCCCAUACCUCUCACCGACGAGCGCGACGACCUCUCCCUCUUCAACCGCGCCGCUUCCCUCUCCAGCCCCUCCUCCUCCUCCUUCUCCCACCUCUCCACCAAUCCUAAGCUCAAAAUCGCCUUCCUCUUCCUCACCAACUCCGACCUCCACUUCUCCCCCUUAUGGCAGCGCUUCUUCCACGGCAAUUCCCACCUCUACAAUAUUUAUGUUCACGCCGAUCCCUCCGUCAACGUCACGCGCCCCGACGGUGUCUUCCUCGACCGCUUCAUCUCCUCCAAGCGUACCUACCGCGGUUCCCCCACCCUCAUCUCUGCCACCCGCCGUCUCCUCGCCACUGCCCUCCUCGAUGACCCCGCCAACGGAUUCUUCGCCGUCCUCUCCCAGUACUGCAUCCCUCUCCACUCCUUCCGCUACGUCUACCACUCCGUCGUCAUCUCCACAUCCUUUGAUCGGACCGAGUCCGAUGCCAGGUCGGCUCGGUUUGGCGUCCGGUUCCGGUACAAGAGCUUCAUCGAGAUUCUCUCCAAUGAACACACUCUCUGGAAGCGAUACACCGCCAGGGGCCGAUUCGCGUUGAUGCCGGAGAUCCCCUUUGAUAAAUUCAGGGUUGGAUCUCAGUUUUUCGUGCUCAUGCGCCGGCACGCGCUAGUGGUAAUCAAGGAUCGGACGCUUUGGAGGAAAUUCAAGCUUCCGUGUUAUCGGGACGACGAGUGCUAUCCGGAGGAGCACUAUUUCCCGACUUUGUUAUCAAUGGCGGACCCCAACGGGUGCACCCACUACACCCUGACCAAGGUCAAUUGGACCGGCACGGUCAAUGGCCACCCGUACACGUAUCGGCCCGCCGAGGUAUCGCCCCAGCUGAUCCAUCAGCUUCGGCAAUCGAAUUUCUCGGAGUCUUACUUGUUUGCAAGGAAAUUCACCCCCGAUUGCUUGAAACCCUUGAUGGGCAUCGCCGAGAAGGUCAUUUUCCGGGACUGAAUUUUGCAUCUGGUUGAAAAAGGGCAGUGAAGCCUUUUUUACUUCGACUCGUGGGGAUGGGGAUAUAGUUUUGAAGAGGCGGAAAGUGUAGUGCCCACAACAAACCCAACCCAGAAUUUCUUCGAAAUCGAAGGCUUGGACAGAUCUAUUAAGGUCUGAAAGGGAAACUUGUGGGAUUGAAAAAAGAAAAAGGAAAAGAAAAGAAAAAGCAGGUACUUUUUGUUCCUAAGUGUAUUUUCCGAGGGCUGUAUAAAUACUACUGUUUCUUCUUUUAUUAUUAUUGUAGUAAGCAGAUCGUAGAUUUUUGUCC